CAAAACAUCUCAUGUGUUGUUGUGUUGUGUUUGUCAUGUCAUCACAAGAGUUGUCCAGACAUUCAGACAUUCAUUUGAAAUGAUCUUAAGUUAUAUUUAAAUAUCAUUUAUUAUUGCAUCCAAUCGUCCAUAAGAUCAUAAGAUGUCAAUCCUAUCCAAACUCAUCGCUCAAGACUGCAAUCCACACAAAUUGGAUGCAAAGCGUGUGGUAGUGUUGAGCUCAUCCGUCAUAUCGGUGUCCAUUUGGGUCUUCAAUGUCAUCAAUGCCCGCAACAAAUCACACCAAAUAUCCAAAGACAAUGAUAUUACUUUCACCGAUAAAACAGAAGUGAAGACCAAACUGGAGUCGAUGUCCAGUGUUUUGGGACACUUGAAGGCGAUCUUGAAGAAGACAUUGGGUCCUAAGGAAUACGCCUACGCUUUCGGAAUCGCGGCAACUCUUGUGGUGCGAACGAUGUGUGAUCUCUGGCUCAUCCAAAACGGCACUCAAAUCGAGGCGGCGAUCAUCACAGCAGACGUGUCCAAACUGAAGAGCAACUUAAUUGAUUUCUUCAUCUCAAUGCCUGUGUUGGCGUUCGUUAACAACAGUCUUAAGUAUUGCAUCAAUCAGUUGAAACUGGGCCUCAGAUACCGACUCUCUCUUAUGCUUUACAACAAAUACACCACUGGACUCACCUAUUAUCGACUCAAUGUCUUGAACAAUGAGGUCCAGAAUAUCGACCAAUUGUUGACCAAUGAUGUCGAAAAGUUUUGCACUACUAUUGUUGAUGUCUAUUCCAAUGUUUCCAAA